GACUUCCUGUUGAUGAUCGGACUGUGACACAGAGGAAUGAAGUCCUCCGAGGAGAUUAAAACUACUCUAUGAAACCGCGGAAAAGACCUAUUCAAAAAUGAGCUGGAUUCCGUUCAAGAUUGGCCAGCCAAAGAAGCAGGUGGUCUCUAAAACGGAUGAGAGAGACUUUGAACGAGAAUAUGAAAAACUACAGAAGUUGGAAGAUCAGACAAAAAAACUUCACAAAGACAUGAAGAAAAGCACAGAGGCUGAUUUGGCCAUGUCCAAAGCAGCGGUGAAGAUCUCCACAGACCUGCUCAGUAACCCUCUGUGUGAACAGGACCAGGCUUUUCUGGAGUCCAUGACUGCACUGGACACAGCCAUGAAAAGAAUGGACGCCUUCAACCAGGAAAAGGUCAACCAGAUACAGAAGACUGUGAUUGAUCCUUUAAAGAAGUAUAGCGGCAUUUUCCCAAGCCUGAAUAUGGCAGUGAAGAGGCGGGAGCAGGCUCUGCAGGACUACAAACGGCUGCAGGCCAAAGUGGAGAAGUAUGAGGACAAGGAGAAAACUGGGCCCGUCAUGGUCAAGCUGCACCAGGCCCGAGAGGAGCUCAGACCAGUUCGAGAAGAUUUUGAGGCCAAAAACAAGCAGCUGUUGGAUGAAAUGCCGAAGUUCUACCACAGUCGGAUUGACUACUUCCAACCCAGCUUUGAGGCUCUUAUCCGAGCACAGGUAGCGUAUUUUACUGAAAUGUACAACAUCUUCAACGACCUGACGGAGCAGAUCGAUCAGGCGGGUUUGACGGACGAGCAGAGAGAGAAGGAGACGGAGGCCAAACUCAACGAGCUACGGGCUUUGUCCAUUGUAGCGGAUGAUUGAGAGGAAACUGUUCAGGCCUUUCAAUGGGACUAACCUCUUUCUGACUCUUGCAUUUAACUGUGGCCUUCACUCCUUGGUUUUGUAUUUUUCUUGCUGGGCACUCCAGUUAUUCAUUUACCUGUUGUGAUGCCACAUCGAGUAAAGCCAUUAACCACAUGCAACAUUGAAAAAAUAUUUAAUCAGUCAUCUGGAAAUGCAUUACUACAUUUGACUCAUUGGUGCGUCUGUCUCCGUAAGGCUUAAAGGCAAUACAAAUGUAACUCAGUGUAAAAGUUGAGUUACCUGUUUUGGCCUUGUCCACUUUUCAACCGCAAGACUUUGUUUUUUUAAAAUAUCUAUUUAUUAUUUUUCUAAUUUUCGUCGUAAUUUGUGUAAAAUGUGCCUAGAGUCGUAACAUGGACUCUAUCUUUGAUCUGGCCAUUUGCCAAUAAAUUGGUCGUGUGACAUUGCCGUGUCAGCCGCCUUUACGUUCAAGUGCAGCGAAACGCUCCACGGUCCACCUCAAAGGCUGGGGCGCCAUCUAGUGGCGUUAAUAGGCGAUGCCUUUACUUUUGUUACAGUUCUUUGUUCUUCUCUUGUCUGCCAUUGUUUAUGGGAAGUAAUAAUAGCUGACCACAUCGACUCAACUCGAUCAAGUUUUGCUUUUGCAAAAUACAAAAACUACAGUAUACAAGGUGUCAUAGAAGGGAAUCCAUUUAUUGUAUUUAAAUAAUGUCUCUGGU